CCUGCUCUCUCCCUUUUAUUUACUGUGCGCUUCCAGCUGCAAGGAAGUGAGCCGCAGUUUCCACUGGCAGCUCCCUCCCGACUCAAGGGGCUCCUUUGGAAAGCGAGUCCUUCGCUCGGCCCCCCUCUCCGAGCCCCCUCGCUUCUGCCAGAGGCUGGGAAUGGAGAGAGCACAGCUCUGGUAACGGUUCGCCGGCACUGCUCCAGGUGCCACUGAAGAAGUCACCAUGGACACGCACAAGGAGGAGAUGGAGCUCUUGAGCAACAGCAUGGCAGCCUAUGCGCACAUCCGAGGUGGAUCACCCUGAGAGCUUUGGGUUGUACUUCGUGCUGGGCGUUUGCUUUGGGCUCGUGUUAACCCUUUGCAUGCUGGUCAUCCACAUCUCGUGGCAGCCGCACGUGAUCCCAGCUAGGUCCCGCAAAAGCCUGCGGGAAUUCAGCGAGGAGGAGGAGGAUGACGAGGAAGAGGAGGAAGACACUGUGGACCAUACUGCUUCCGAACCCCCCUUGUCCCUGACCGAGCUCCCCCUGGAGCCUCAGGGCACCCCCGACAGCACCCUCGCAGUCAACGUCUUUGCCUCGGCGGAAGAGCUGGAACGGGCCCAGCGGCUGGAGGAGCGCGAGCGGAUCCUCCGGGAGAUCUGGCGCAAUGGGCAGCCCGACAUUCUGGGGACGGGUACUGGGACCAUUGGCAGAGUCCACUACUAUUGACCGUACAAUCAACUGGCCUCCAAACUCAGGCAGAGUGGGCAACUGGGGGGACAGUCUGGCCUGUUGGAGCUCUUCGUAUUUCCUGAAUGGACUGGGGAGAGCUGCAGAAAUCAGCCAGUCUCAAGGGCUUGCCAGGACUUAUCUCAGAACUACCGGAGGGGCAGCUGGAUGGGGGAGGGAGCGGUUCCUGGUUCACAGUGGGGGAGGGGGUGUCAGUAACCAGUGUUCUGCCCAACAGCAAGAGGAACCCUAAAGGCAAAUUGGCAGAGUGCCCCCCCUCCUUCUUGGCCUGUUGACCAGCUUUGAGCCAAGAUCCUCUUUGUUCUGCCUGUCUCAAACUUUAUCUUCCUGUGUGGGAUGAAGGGAGAGGAACCAGCAUCAGCAUAGGCUGGUGGGGGGGGGGGGGGGAACUGCCACUGCCAGGGCUUCUGCCAAACAACAGGGGCCGCAAAUGUCUGAAAUGUGACGAUACAGAAAAGGCAAGGGUAGAACAUAAAAAAAAAUCUCAAAUUCACAAGUACCAGUAGACACCAGUCUAUUGAAACAUAAUCAUAGCAAAUACAGAAAAUGAAAUAGAAUUGGUGGUCACAAUUCAGAUACAAGUAGCAAGAACUAAAUAUCACAAUUCAAGAAACGUUCUUCAAUAGUAAGCCGUAUAACCAAUGAAGAAUUGUUUUGAAACGUCUUGAAUACCCGGCAAGGAUGUAUCAAAUGUAGAAAUUCCUCCAGGACGUCCUCUGCGUUUUCUUUAGACUUUAGGAGGUCUUCUGAACACUACUCUAUGAAGAAACACAGAAGUCUCAUGUUGGAUUCAUGUUUACUGUUGAAGAAUGUCUCUUGAAUUGUGAUAUUUCAUUCUUACUACUUGUGUAUCUGAAUUGUGACUACCAAAUCUGUUUCGUUUUCAGUAUUUACUAGGAUUAUGUUUCAAUGGACUGCUGUCUACUGGUACUUGUGAAUUUUUGAGAUUUUUAAAAUUGCAUUUUCAAUAUUUUUACACUGCCAGGGCUUCUGGUAGGGCCUUCUGCUGCUGUCGAACCCCCCCCCCCCACCGCCCUUCACUUAUUUGCCAGUGCUCCACCCUGCUCUCAGCUACAGCCACUGCUCAAUGCUGUUGGGGAAGGGGCUGCCAGCAGUGGUAAGCAUGGGCAGUGGGGAGAGCUCACAAGCAGGCAGGAGGCAUCUCAUUUAAAGCCUGCCUCUUUUCCCUAGCUUGUGGGGAGAGGGUAUAUGUGGGAGAUUAUCACUACAUGGUGCUGCUUCUUGUCCUUCCUCCCUCCCCAGUUGGUCUUACAGUUUCCAGGGGAGGGGGUGGACCAGCCACAAAAACAUUCUCAGGCUCAGCCAACUCUCGUCCGGCCAUUCUGUCUUGCAGAGCACUAGGAGACAGGGCAUAGUUCAAACUGGACUCAAGGGCCCGCUCCAUAAUGUCUGCAAGGCUUCUGUGCCUACAUGCCUAUAGGGGGAGGGUGUGUGGGAAGGAACAGGUAUCAACACAGAUAUCUAGGCCUGCUGCCCUCCUAGGCCAGCCAAUUUCCUUGUGCUUUUGUUGGUGUUGGGAACAAAGUUUGAGUCCAGUGGCAUCUUUAAGACUUCAAAAUUUUAUUCAAGGUAUUUUAUGCAAGUACACUUCUUUGUGCAUGCACACGAAAGCGUAUGCCUUGAAUAAAAUUUUCUUGGUCUUAAAAGUGCCACUGGACUCAAACUUUGUUCUCUUGCUUCUGACAAACACGGGCUACUUACCUGAAGAAACCAUGACAGAGAGCAGAGAGAGGGAAGUGGUGCUCUUUCAAUGUGCAAAGUGCCUUAUAUAUAAGGAUCGGGGGGGGGGGGGGCAGUUCAGCUUUGCUGCUUCCAAAGGAGCCAGAAAGGUUUGAGGUGUCCAAAGAGCCUCCCCUGUCCCCACAAAUUCCCAGUAUUUUUUCUUAACAAGCCGUUCUUACCCUUCCUUCCAGAUGACUGGUGGGGGAGAAGUACCAUUCCCCCUCUUUGCUUUUCCCCAGAGCAGCUUUGUUUAUGGGGAAAAUGGGGGGUGGGGAAAUGGCCACAUAUCCUUUGAUGAAUUCCGUUCCCCCUUUUACUCACCAGGGUUGCAAAUCAAAGGCUUAGAAUUAUUAUUUUUCAUUUAUGAAAGCCACUAACCCUUUCCUCUCCCAAAAAGGUCAGGGGAAGGUUGGGUGGGAUAAUGGUUGUUCAGGAAAAGGGAUGCUAAAUUGUCCCCCCCCCCCAAUUCCUGCAUAUGAGCAUAGCUAAAUAAAAAUAGCCCAUCCUUUGCCCCUGUAA